AUGAUCCAUGGACUUUUUCAAUAUAUAUGUUCCUGUCCUUUAAAUCUGAAUUUACUUUUGACUUUCUUGGUCCUUACCGGAGAGAAGCAGGUGUUGAAGCAACUUGAGCCAUGGUGUGAGCUUAAAGACAAAGUGGUUCUUGUGACAGGAGCUUCCUCUGGUAUAGGAAAAGAGAUCUGUCUUGAUUUGGGCAAAGCUGGCUGCAAGAUUAUCGCAGCAGCUCGUCGUGUCGAUCGCAUCAACUCUCUCUGCUCUGAAAUCAACAGCUUCGUUUCGACCGGAAUCCAAGCGGCGGCUCUCGAGCUAGACGUUACAUCGGACGCAGCCACCAUUCAAAAAGCGGCUAAGGAAGCUUGA